AUGACCAAACUGUUAUUAGAUGAGUCGAUGCCCCAUAAAGACCUCAGGCAGGAAAUCAAAUUUAUAGACAGAUAUUUGUGCCAGUACGUACACAAUCCCAUAUUCAGUUCGAUAGUGCUCAUUGGGAGUUGUUGUUUUAUAAAUGGAAUCCAAUACUACGAAAUAUAUACCAAAUCACAAUGGGAGUUGAUCUUCAUACAAGAUUGCAUUUUUGACUUCUUGCAGAAUAUCAUCAGCUUGAUAUUUAUAUUACGGUUUUGUAUCGGCAAAUUUGGAAAUGCCCCAAUAGAAGCCGCGUUGUUAGUGUUGGAGAACAUUGGAUGUUUCAACUUAGUUUUCAACCAAAACUAUUCGUUGUUAAUGACCGAUGUAAGUAUUGCGUUCAAGGUAUUUAUUCUUUGGCAAAUAUUGUGUCCAUAUUUUAUUCUCACCAUAAAUUUAGCUGAUUAUAUUAAUUGGAAAAUAGGUGAUUGCAAGCCCAAAUCUUUACUCGGUAAGAACGAUAUUGUUCUUAGUUUCCAUGAGUUGUUAAUCGACACCAAUAACAAUUUUUUGCCCAUAUUUAUUGCGCAUUCAUUCAUAAUAAUCGAUCUCAACUUCACGUUUGUUACAUCCAACUGGAUUAUUUUUGCCUACAAGCUAUCAAUUUUCCUGUUGAAAUUCUAUUGCAUAUGCCGCUACAUUCUAUAUGAGACUUGUUAUAUUGUGUACAACAUCAAUUUCACAGAGAGCUACAACUGGAUUUAUGACGAUGUUAAUGCAAAUAACAAUUGUAAACCCUUCUUACAUGAAAACCCUAAUCUUCAGAAUAGGUUCUUGUUGACGAGUGUCAGUUUAUGCAUAUGUGUGAAUCUUUUAUACAUUGGUAGUUAUUACAUAAAUUUAUGUCCCUAA